AUGGCAAGAUACUUGACUCCUGCCAGUAUCGGGCUUUUAUGCCUGAUCGAAUUGUAUACGGAUUCGGCGGUUCCGAUACCAUCCACAGUUCCCAUACUGUCGUUUAUUGUCUCUAAUUUACUGUCUCCAAGUCUUCCAAAGCCUCGUGAUCAUUUCUCAAACAACGAGACACGGGAGGAUCGUGCCAAUUUUAUCAUUUCAAUCGAGGACUUUGAGAGACUUCUCAGCGCCUAUCCGUCCGCGUCUGGCCUUCCAGGCCGAACAUUAUGGGAUAUAUUCUUGAUGAAGUUGUGGGAUAUCAACUCGCUCCAUGCGCUGCAUGUUUUUUUUGAGCGGAGGUCACACCUGCUCAUCAAAACCCGCGAGGAUACCCAAAUGGACACGGAUAUUGGAAUCCCUCCCCCUAGUCAAGCCAUGAUCUUACUGUCGAGGGCGAGUCCGUUUGGGGCUUUUGUGCGAAGGGCGCAAUUAGAAUUCACCAGGCUGAAGUUUCAAGAUACGUUGAACCUGUGGACAAGCUUCAUUGUAUAUCGUCAGGUUACCUUAAGUACUUGGAGCAGGAGGAACCCAAACGCGGGAAUCUGGAGCUUCGAUGCAAUGUUGGAAGAGGCGGACAAAGAGUGGGACCAGGAUACGUUGCAAACAUUAGUCAAUGUGGCCUAUCCCAACGUCUUUAUGCAUCAUGGCCGAUCGCCGGACGGGUUAGUUAGCACGAAUGACGUUGAGAAACUGCUUGAGUUUCAGAUCGAGCAGAUGCAGAAAUUUGGCAACCGAGUCCCAGAGACUCUACAACAACAAUUUGAGGAGAUCCUUGGCGGCGAUGUCAUGAUACCAAGCUUAUCACAUUAUGUCAAGUUUCUUGAUUCCUGGCGAGCGGGGGAUUAUCCCACGUCUUUUGACAACCUGCAUAGAUUCUUCGACUAUACUAUGCAGAACAGAGAUAGGCUGUUCUAUCAGUAUGCAUUGCUAAAUCUUGCUGUGCUUCAAGCUGAUUUUGGAUGCUAUCAAGAAGCAGCGGCCGCAAUGCAAGAGACAGUGUCCACAGCAAGAGAGAAUAAAGAUAUGGGCUGUUUAAACUUUAGCUUGAGCUGGUUGUAUCACUUCGGCAAAGCACAUCCAACGGUUAUAAACUCCGCGGACAAGACCAAUAUGUUGGGGAUAGAAAGAGAGGGCCUUACAUUUCUUCGUGUUAAGGCCAAAGAGUCGGGUAUGUGGAGCUUGUGGGGCUCAUCUCUCCUCAGUGAAGCCAAGAUGGGGCUUUCUGCCGGAGAAAGCGUCUCAGGCGCAUUUGAAAAUAUACUGAGGAGUUCACAGCUCACUAUAAAUAAGAACAUGAUGAGCAACGUGGGGGUGCAGAUGUUGUUACAGUCAUCUCUGUGGAGCCGCCUCGGCAACACAUACCUUGCGUGGUCAUAUUGCGAAUGCUUCCUGCAUAGUUACUCCCGCCUCGCCCCAUUCGAUGAUAUUCUCAAAAUUUCUUGUCGUUCUGCCUACCUUCUUGGUCAGAAUGGCCAAUAUGCCGAAGCCCAUGCAAAACUAGAGCAGCUAGAUCCAAACCCUCUACGAUCACUGAAAGCAAGCCAAUACUGGCUCAUAUUUCGUGGAAUUCUGCAAGUACAGCAAGAUUUGCACGGUGGAAACCUCGAUAGUGCAGACCAACUCUUAUCGCAGCUCCUCCAAUGCCGAGGUGGCGACGCGGACAUUUCAUUUGAGCUUAAUAUUCUUCAUAUUGAGUUAAUGAUUCAGCGCGGCGAUUACGGCAAUGCCCUUUGUCGUGUCGAAGAGAUAGCAUCGAGUUUCAAACGCGAGGGUGAAGAUAUACUAUUCCGCCUCAAGCUUCUCAACAUGAAGGCUUUCCUAUUCAACAAAUGUGGCCGUCCACAGAAAGGCUUCUCAGUUGCGGUUCGUGCAGCAAGCGUGGCUUGGCGAGCUCACCUACUUCCACCUUUAUGGGAGGCCAUAGGAAUCAUUGCUUCUGUUCUCACCUCGUUGUAUGAGUUCUCUGCCGCAUCUGGGAUUCUCGCCACCGUUAUUCCACGUGCACUAGAGUGUGAGAAUGCCGCAUUAUCUGCAGAGCUGUGGGGUUUCCAAGUGGACGCCUACAUGGGGCAAGCCGGACAGGCCACUUCCCAGAGCUUGCAACGAAAGGAUAUGUUAACAUUGGCCCUGGAGGGCAUCGAACGCUGUUUUGGGGAAUGGUAUAAGCUAGGAGAUAAGAGAAGGAUGAGCGUGUGUAUUGCGAAGAAAGCGUUGAUUCUGAGCGCUCUCGGAGAAGUUGAGGCUGUGGUGAAUGUGAGGGGGCUGUAUACUGACUUGGUGGCAUAA